GCUGCAGUUUUGACGUAACUCCCUGCUAACGCGAAGCGUUCAGUUCCAGUCCUCUCUCGAACUUCGGUGAAGUAACAGAAAGCAGGAGGUCAGCCGACUCUGAGUGAAAGUGGCCGUUUCUACACGACUCAUGUUCCAAUAAUUCCCAGUCAAAAUAAGGUACUCGCUCAGGACGGGUAAUAUGGAAUACAACGUGACCAGCCCGAACCACGGAGAAGACGGCCCAGUUCUUCAGUUCGAAACUUCAAUAGAAACGAACGUAACAAAUUGCAAUCCUUUGUACAUUCCUUCUAUCGACGAAUACUUCACGGCAUUCAACGAGCUCGGCCUGGCUUUAUUCACCCUAGGAGGAAUAGCCUUACUUAUAGUUUUAUCGUUGUACUUAGAUACAGUAAAGCACAUAAUUGAGAAAGCACCAACGGGCACCAAGACCCAUUCGGUCUUCAUCAUGAGUGUUUAUCCUGUAGUCGCAAUAGCCACAUAUUGUGCCACGAUAGUUCCUAGAGCUCAGCUGCUCGCAGAAGCAGUGACCCAGGGCAUGUUUAUGGCAUGCCUUUACCAACUGUUUUGCCUGGUGGUUGCUUAUUGCGGCGGAGAGGCGGAAAUGAUCAAGAAAAUACACCCUGGGACAUUGAACAUGCAAGUCACUCCAUGCUGUUGCUGGCCUUGCUGUUCCAUUCUGCCUCAUGUCGAACUGAAGAAAAAGCACGUAAGAGCUCUGCGGAUGCUAGUUUUACAAUUGCCUGUCGUACAAGGAUUGAUUUAUAUGAUUUUGCUCGUCAUGUGGGCAGAAGAACAAAGCCUAUAUCAAGUGAAUUACAAUUAUUUCCAACCUCUUGUUGUAAUGUCAAUUCUCUUUGGAAUCUGGGGAAUGGUGAUGACAAUGAAAGUGACUCUUACAUGCUUAAAAGAUUAUCAUAUUCAAGGGAAAUUCUUUGUACUUCAGCUGGUUCUUCUUUUUGCCAAAUUUCAAGGAUUUAUUGCUAAAAUUGUCGCAACGAGUGACCUCUUCCCAUGUAGAUAUCCAAUAACAUCAUCUGUUUAUGCAAAUCUGAUUUACAACUCUCUUAUCAUCUGGGAAAUCGUACUGUUGUGCACCAUAGCCAGAUUGCUGUACAAAAAAUCAAUUCCAAUUGAAUCGUACCCGAUAGACGACAAUUCAAAUUUCUCAAACCAAAUUAAAUCUAAGGAUGACAAAGUGCCAAAAGAAGUCAUCAGUGAUAGAAAUGUUCCAGUUGUUUGAUUCGACUGCCUGAAAAUUCACCAGGUGCAAUUGUAAACUGCAAACGGAUUAAGCACAAUGCUGAUUAUUUGUUCAAAUAACUGUGAUAAUUGAUUUUAAACAUGCUUUAAAAUAUUAAGAGCUUAAUAUAGUCCCAAUAUAUUCAAUUGUGUAUUUAUAUUUUACAUCUGUGUUUCAUGUUCUUCAGUUCAACUACUUGUUAGCACAUUUUGUAUUUAAUUUGUUAU